AUGGCUCACUUGCCACAGAGCCUCUACUUCGCCGCUAGGCCAGAGUUUCCACUAUAUCCGGGAAAGUCUUGCCUGGGAACAGAUCAACGACAGAAGCUGACGUGGAGCCGCUUCCCACUGAUCGUACGGUGCGCAUCGACUGAGUCAUUAACGAGUUUGACUCAGAAUGCGGCGGAGACAGAGUUGAAGUACAUGGUGAGUCAGAACGGGUGGGGCGUGAGGAGAUUGAGGAGAGACGACGAGGACGAGAUCAGGAGGGUGUCUCUUGUUCAAGCGGAAGCUUUCCACAUCCCUCUCGCUCUUUUUGAUGAUUUCUUCUUUAUGUUCUUCCAGGCAGAGGUUCUGUCGGCGCUUCUUUACAAACUAAAGAAUUCAUCUCCUGACAGAUAUGCAUGCCUCGUGGCGGAGCAAGCGAGUGAAGAUGAAACUUGUUCGAGCUCAAGUGUCGUCGGAGUAGUUGACGUCACAGUUCAAACGGAAAACUCAGUACUACGUCAUUUCCCCGGCGUCGAAGAAUAUCUUUACGUCUCAGGCUUAGCCGUCUCCAAAUCUCAAAGGAGAAAGAAGAUGGCAAGUACAUUGUUAAAGGCAUGUGAUGUUAUAUGCUACUUGUGGGGUUUCAAGCUUCUUGCUCUAAGAGCUUACGAAGACGACGCAGCCGCUAGAAAUCUCUACUCAAACGCUGGUUACAACGUGGUCGAGUCUGAUCCACCGUGGAAAUCUACUUGGAUUGGCAGAAAACGCCGCGUUCUUAUGACCAAACGCUUUUCUUGA